CAAAAACUUGCUGCAAAUCCAAGGCAGAGUAGCAACAGUGUACUCUCUUUUCAUUCAUUCCAUUCCUUCCUUUCUCUCUGCCCACUGUUUUGCCUUAACUACUACUAAAUAUUACCUGCUCUCCUCCUCCUUCACUCUCCCCCAUUACCCAAAAUAUGAACUCUCUCUCCUUUUCUUCAUGGAUUCCUGUGACCCCCAUUCUCUGAGAUCUCUCUUAGUCUUCAAGAACACCAUCAACCAAGAGUUGAUUAGGAGCUUGCAUGUGUAUGGAUUAGAGGAUGGGAAGGAAAAUGAGGUUGAGAGGGAGUUUCUGUUCUCUGAUAACGGCUCAUAUGUGGAGCUUCGGGCUUACCCGGUUCUUAAAUUGAUGAAACUCAAUGUUCCACAAGUGCUUGAAGGCUAUGUUAAUGGUUGCUGGGUCUGCAUUCUAGCUUUUCAUGCCAAUCGUUCUCCUAACUUUACAUGCAUUCCUUGUAUACUCUCUGUUUCCAGAAAUCCUCAGUUAAAGCUGAUCCCAAAUUUAGCUAAGGAUCUUCAAAUGGUUGGCGAGAUGACCUGCAUAAAAGAUGAGAAAGAACCACUGCAGAAGUCGGAUGAGGAAACAAGCCAAGGGAAUGAUGGGAAUUACUGUCAACUAAGAACAAGUUUACCUAUGCUUGAUCUGGAUCUUAAUCGCUCUCCUUGUUCUGUCACAGUGUCUGAAUCAUCUGAUGAUCAGGAAAGUGGAAGACAAUCACCAGGUAAUAUAGAGAAGAAGAAUAGAAGGGCAGCAAGUGAACGCAUAUCAAAAAUCACUUUACCAGAUCUGGUGAAGUAUUUUGAUAUCCCUAUUGUAGAAGCUUCAAGAAGUCUGAAUGUUGGACUUACAGUGCUGAAAAAGAAAUGUAGAGAGUUUGGUAUUCCUCGGUGGCCACAUAGGAAGAUAAAAUCGCUUGACAGCCUCAUCCGUGAUCUUCAGGAAGAGACGGAGUUCCAACAGAAGGAGAACAAGGAUGCAGCCUUAGCAGUUGCAAAGAGGCAAAGGAUGUUGGAGCGUGAAAGAGAAAGCAUAGAGAGGAAACCCUUCUUGGAUAUGAAGAUCGAGACCAAAAGGUUCAGGCAAGAUGUUUUCAAGAGAAGGCAUAGAGCCAGAGUUCUUAAAAGCCAAGGCCUAUCACUCUCUGGCAACUAA